UAUGGAACUACUUUCGGAAAGUUUCAUUUUUUAGGCUAUUUGCCAAUUGAUUAUAUACUCCGUAAUAUAUUGAAUGGGAAAAAUGACAGAACGAUCCGCUUAUAUUUCUACACUGCAUAGUUUCCGGUAGGUCAAACAUCACAGACGAACUGUAACCUAUGACAGGGUUUCGAAGUAAGUAAAAAGAGAAGAACCUGUAAGAGGUAUAGGGUUUACAGACACACAUGUGGCGCCUCUCCCUGAAGUGACUUAUCUGGUUGCCUCUCAGUUUUUGGCGACCUGUAAAGCCUGUCCCUUUAUAGAAUAUUGUCGCGGGAGGAUCUCAGUGAUUCGAUCCUAAUGAAUCACAGUUUCUAAACAACGGACGUUGUAGACUGCGGAAGGAGUUUCUUCAAAAUAAACGUAAAUAGGAGAUAUGUACAUUUUGAAAAUGCCCGUUUCUCUUCAACACGAAUAUAUGGACCUUGGAGAAGCUAAACCCAAAAAAAAAACAUAGUAGCCGUCGGCGGAAGCCCGGCCGGUGUAGAAUAAAAAUAAUAAUUUAAAAUAGCGGAGUCUCACUAUUGGUUGGAAGAGGAAAUAGUCAAGUUAAGCGCGAUCCUUUCAAUACGCCUCGUUAAAUGAGAGAACCAGUGAGAAGGGUAAACUUUCUCACCCUAGGCUUACCGGGCGAAACUGCUCCCAUUGAGAGGCACACACACCUGGACAGUAUAUGCAGAUGUGGCGUAAAAAGAAUGGCAGAGAAAACAAAGCGCGAGAGAAAGCAAAAGAACGAAUCGACAAUUAUUCGGGGUACUCUCUAGACGCCGUGUAGGUAACAUCACUUUGCAGCGGGUACGCGGAGGAAUAAUCGCUCGCGAAGCGCGACGGACGUUGAUAGAGGCAAUGAUAGCCUGAGAGACGGGAACACCGGUAGGGUCUACACAAUGCUGCGCUGAGUAAUGCGCCAACGUCACGAGCAAAAAGCCCUCUUGGAAGAGGCCAUAUAAAGCAUAAGGCAGAGGUCAAGCUGCCGGCCAAGAGUGGUUUUCCUUAUCCUUUUGACUGGAAGAAAAAGGAGAUUCUAAAGAGUACUUCUUUAAGAGCGCAACCACUAAGCAGCGAUUACAGCACAUGCGGAUACAGGCACAUGUCCUAUAUAAAUGGUAAUGGAGACGCGUUGCCAUCGGUGAAAUUAUUACACAAAGUUCGGAGAUGAAACCGACGAAUCACGUGGGCAAGCUUAAUUACAUAUUAUAUACUAAAUAUUUAGUUCGUUGUGUUCUCUUUCGAUAUAGAAAUCACUGUAUGGUGAUCGACAUCGCUUCGAUCGGGAAUAUAUGUAUGAAGUGUUAUCUAUUGGUGGGUGCUGGCCGUCAACAAACUACCUGCGACUGCCCAAAAGUGCCUUUGGCAACUUAAAUACUUGAAAAGUUGAGCUUCUUAAGACAGCACAUUAAGCACAAUUGGCCGCCGGUUGCGUGAUUCAGCGAAAUAAAAUUCUGUCUAUGGGAAAACGAAAAUGAGUAGAUUAUUCACGGCGACCAUAAAAAGCAAGAUGACAAAGUGAAAACAAGAUAACCCGAAGCCAAACGUAAAACAGCUGUGGAUCCAAGAUGAACAGCAAACACGUCUGUCUCUGAUUCUUUUGCUGGCGACCUGCCGAAAAAGGCCAGAGAUAUCGCUUGAUAGACUUACGGCAGAAGUGUACAUCAGCGUUCAUCUCUAACAAUCCACAAAUGCAUGGCAUGGCGUAUACCAGAACUAAUAACCCUGUGAAAUUUAUCGGAGUUGGGUGGAUACCGGCAGGGUUGGGUGUUUGCAUCGCAACGGCCGCGCUCGUUUCCUUUGUAUGGGCCGUUCUUUCCGAAGAUGUUACCGUAUUUGCUCCGUUCAUCAGCGAGACGGGAGCGGAUCCACCACAAAGUGGAUUCUUCUCACUAAUGAUUUUGGUGUCGUGCAUCUGGUCGGCUGUAACAAUGGUCCUCCGUUACUCUAUCGUCCGUCAACUAUUGCGAUUUAACCAAGGUGGAUGGCUGAACUUCUGCGCACUUGCUGUGGGAUUUCUGUGCAUUUUUGGACUUGCCAUUGUCGCGGCUUAUCCACUGACAUCAAGCAACGGCAUACAUGAUUUCGGAGCCACAACAAUGUUCCUUCUGGGCGUGGUCUACUGCUUAAUGCAGAGUAUCCUGUCGGCUUGGAUGUACCCUUGGCAUAACGGAAAGGUCAUAGUAGCAGUGCGUGCGGUAAUUACAACAAUAGCAGUCACUACUGCGAUUACGACCACUAUCUGCCAAGUAACUGCAAAAAGGUUAUGGUUGGAAUCGGGCAUUACAAAGCCGGAUGACAUGCGCUUACCAGGAGAUCCGGCGUUCUCGUGGUUCAUGGCUGCAGCGGUCUCCGAAUGGAUAACGGUAGCCAUGUUCGUCACGUACUUUUUCAGCUUCAUUCGCGAAUUCAACAAGGUUGUUCUAGAGCUGGACACCUACCCAUUAGUAGACCAUUUUGAUGACGAUAUCGAAAUUCGUUUCGCUUCGUCGGAGCAUACGCCCCUCUACAAAUCUGUCCUGUAAAUUCGAUUUGUGCUUUUAGAAGAGGGUAUUUUACAUAAUUUGAUAAUGAACUCCAGAAGAAAUGAAAGACAUUAGAGGGACUUUAUCCUGAGCCCUCUUCAAGCAACUCAGCGUCUUCGCAUGUCAAUAGGGACGUUUCGAAUUCUCGGGAACUAAACCAACGUGAAGCGUACGCUGUCUUCUGGCUGCUUUAAAAGCAAAUCAGUAGAUUAAGAAAAUUCCGGUAAACCGGUAUUGUUUAUUUAAGAUUUUUUUGUUAUUUUCUAUGUAUCCCAUUAACACUCCCAGUAAAUGAUUUAUUUAGGAAUUUAAAGAGCAUCCAAUCAGUAGUCUUGUUCCGGCUGUAUAGAAAAGAAUAAACUGUAAAACGUG